CUCCCAAGUAGAAGUGAUCUAUCCUUUGAAAUUUGUUGUGGCGUGAAGCUGUAAAGCUGUGCCGCUGCCUAUAUUUCUUCGGCGUCUGGCAGGAUACCACUGCUUGGGGGUGGGAGGGAGCCAGAGAAAGGAGAGCUGUGCGGUACAUGAAUCCGGGCUAUUGUUUCAGACACACGUCUGUCUUAAAGAAGUACCACAAAGCGGGCCGUUACUGAUUCAGAUGCAGAAGCUCCUUCCCUCACACAAGACAGCCCAUUCAAGUCACAUGCCAGAGGUCUCGGCAGAAUGGGCUGCAGCUGCUUCGAAUCUGCUGUCUAACAUUAGAAGCAGUUGGACAAACCUGACAGCAGCCAGCCUGCCAGGAUCAGAGGAAGACAGGCAAAAGAUCUGGGAACCGAGCACUAUGUUUGCUGAGGAGCUGUGGCUUGAAAAUGAGAAAACCUGUGCGAUAGUUCACAAGUCUAAGCGAGGGAGGAAGCGCCAGGAGCUGCUGGCAGUGGCACUGGGGGUGAAGAUGGGUGUCAAGGGGGCACUCUUAUGGCAACCUCUGAAACUCUUUGCCUAUUCACAGAUCACCUCUUUGGUCAGGAGAGCAGCAUUAACACAAAACGACAACCAUUUCAACUAUGAGAAAGCACACAAUUUUAAGGUCCACACAUUCCGAGGCCCACAUUGGUGUGAAUACUGUGCCAACUUCAUGUGGGGACUCAUUGCUCAGGGAGUCAGGUGUUCAGACUGUGGUUUGAAUGUACACAAACAGUGUUCAAAAUAUGUUCCCAAUGACUGUCAACCAGACCUCAAAAGGAUCAAAAGAGUCUACUGCUGUGACCUCACUACACUAGUGAAGGCCCACAAUACACAGAGACCCAUGGUAGUGGACAUCUGCAUUCGCGAAAUUGAAGCAAGAGGUUUGAAAUCGGAAGGAAUUUAUAGAGUCUCAGGGUUCACUGAUCAUAUUGAAGAUGUUAAAAUGGCCUUUGAUCGAGAUGGUGACAAGGUAGAUGUCUCUGCCAACCUCUAUCCAGACAUAAACAUCAUUGCUGGAGCACUGAAGCUGUAUUUCAGAGACUUACCGAUUCCUGUAAUCACCUAUGAUACUUAUUCCAAGUUUAUAGAGGCAGCAAGAAUCUCCAAUCCUGAUGAAAGGUUAGAAGCAGUCCAUGAAGUCUUGAUGCUACUUCCUGCUGCACACUAUGAGACUCUCAGAUAUUUGAUGAUUCAUCUCAAAAAGAUUACUAUGAAUGAAAAAGAUAAUUUUAUGAAUGCUGAAAAUCUGGGAAUAGUAUUUGGGCCUACCCUAAUGAGACCCCCUGAGGACAGCACCCUUGCUACUCUCAACGACAUGCGGUACCAGAAGCUGAUUGUGCAAAUAUUAAUAGAAAAUGAAGAUGUUUUGUUUUAGACAAAUGAAGGAAUAAAUUCAUAGCCAUCUGCUGUGAAAGUCUAAGUUUAAAGAAAAACAAAUUCCCAGAAGAUCAAGAAAAAUGGGUAGCACUUCAUUUUCUGCAGUGUUGCAGAUAAACGCCAAAACAUUUAGUAAAGUGUAUGUCUCAUAGACAUAUACCUCUUUUUUAUUAUUAUUUAAGAGAGAACAAAGGUCAGAAAAAAUCCUCUUGCCUUGUAUCCUUUGCCUUGCUUCCAGCGUGUAUCUGUGUUGAAAGGUGACAGACUGUUCUAAUAUUAACUUAUUAAAGGACACAAACUUCAUGUGGUUAUUUAGAUCACUAAAGCAAAAAGGUACUUUUAACCUGAUCCCCAUAGUACUGUUGCUGGCAUGAUUCCUAUUUAAAGAACAGGGUCAGCAAAGCAGUUUGUAGGAUUGAAGACCUA